CUCUCGAGGCGGACUCGGGAGCAGCGCCGACGCCGAGAGCUGCCGGCGCCGCCGCCGCCGCUAGCCCGGCAUGGCCAUGGCGUCCCCGGCCAUCGGGCAGCGCCCGUACCGGCUACUCUUGGACCCAGAACCGCCGCGCUAUCUACAGAGCCUGAGCGGCCCCAAGCCGCCGCCGCCGCCGCCGUCCCCGGGCCGGCCCUCGCGCCGCUGCGCCCCGGCGCCCCUCUCCACUGCGCCCGGGGCGCACGAGGGACGCUGUGCCAGAAGGGCUGCCCGGGGGGACUUGGAGCCACAGCCUCGGGCUUCCCGACCCGCUCGCCCGCUCCGGCCUGGUCUGCAGCAGAGACUGCGGCGGCGGCCUGGAGCGCCCCGGCCCCGAGACGUGCGGAGCAUCUUCGAGCAGCCGCAGGAUCCCCGCGUCCCGGCGGAGCGAGGCGAGGGGCACUGCUUCGCCGAACUGGAGCUGCGGAGUGGCUGGGGCUGGUGUGACCUGUGCGGACGAGAGGUGCUGCGUCAGGCGCUGCGCUGCGCUAACUGUAAAUUCACCUGCCACCCGGAGUGCCGCAGCCUGAUCCAGCUGGACUGCAGUCAGCAGGAAGGCCCCUCCCGGGACAGACCCUCUCCAGAAAGCACCCUCACUUCGACCUUCAGCCAGAAUGAGUGUAAACCCCCAGAGGAGCCGUGGUGCCCGCCCACGCUGCAGGAGAUCAAGCAGAAGAUCGACAGCUACAACACCCGGGAAAAGAACUGCCUGGGCAUGAAGCUGAGCGAGGACGGCACCUACACGGGUUUCAUCAAAGUGCAUUUGAGACUUCGGCGGCCGGUGAUGGUGCCUGCUGGGAUCCGGCCGCCGUCCAUCUACGACGCCAUCAAGGAAGUGGACCUGGCAGCAACCACGGACAAGCGGACAUCCUUCUACCUGCCGCUGGACGCCAUCAAGCAGCUGCACAUCUGCAGCACCACCACGGUCAGUGAGGUCAUCCAGGGGCUGCUCAAGAAGUUCAUGGUCGUGGACAGUCCCCAGAAGUUUGCACUUUUUAAGCGGAUACACAAGGACGGGCAAGUGCUCUUCCAGAAACUCUCCGUUGCGGACUGCCCCCUCUACCUGCGCUUACUCGCUGGGCCUGACACGGAUGUGCUCAGCUUCGUGCUAAAGGAGAACGAAACUGGAGAGGUGGAGUGGGAUGCCUUCUCCAUCCCCGAGCUCCAGAACUUCCUAACAAUCCUGGAAAAGGAGGAGCAGGACAAAAUCCAACAAGUGCAGAAGAAGUAUGACAAGUUUAGGCAGAAACUGGAGGAGGCCUUAAGAGAAUCCCAGGGCAAACCUGCCUAGCUGGUCCUGCUUCCUCUUCUCCCGAUGCCCACGGAUUUAUUUUUAUUAUUAAUUAUUAUUUUGCCACAGACACUUUUUCUCAGGACACCUCUGUUGGGUGCAUCUGUGCCCGCCCAGCAGUUCCAGACGUGGCACAAAAUCUCUGAUGGACACGUGUGUGCGUGGAGUUGGGGCCUGCCCACCGUCACGCUGUGCCCUCUGCACACUGCCCAGGAGCAGCGCUCACUCGUGUGAAAGUUCCGCCACGUCCUCUCACCAUCGGCAAGCCUUUCACAAACCAAAUAGUUGCCUCUCUCCACACCAGCCGGCAAAGGAAAGAAAAAAGAUUUUAGAGAUAUAUGUUCUUUCUCUGCCUUUUAUUCUUUUUCAAUUUCUUUCUUAUUUGCCAUCCACGGUUCCCUUAUUUAUGAGUCCAAGAAUUGUAGCAUAUUCCUUUAGCAGGUCUGAGCUGAGCCCCUGAGAGCACGACAGUACUCAUAAAAGGACUGUCCCCCACUUUCCCCAGGUGCCCGUUGUUCAUGCUUAAGGGAAGGUCAUAAAGCCACUGGCUCGGCUCAGGAGCACCGAAGCUGAGAUUGCCUGAGGAAUUUCCAGAGAAGCUGCAGCGGCCCUGGCCCUGAUGGCCCAAAAGUCUGAGCCCAUGUAAACCCAAAGGCAUACAUAUCUGUGUAUGUGUGGUCUUCAGCCAUAUCUUUGUCAACAACCCUUUGUAACUGAGUUACAGUUUUGAAUUUAAUAUUGCCAUCAUCCUCCUGUGUUUCCACCCAAGGGAAACCAGCCAUUUACCAUUUUUAAAGUCUCCUGCUGAGUACGGAAAUCAGGCAGUCAAAGCCAAAACAUGUUGCAGCUAAAGGUGUCCAAGCUGUCUUCAGCCUUCCCCGGGCUAGAGAGCAGAGGAGGCCUGGCUGCCUUGGUUUCCCUUUGGCCUCCAGCACUGCCUCGCUCCUCCCACUGGGACUCUGGGAUCUCCAGAUACCGCCAGAGGAGCUGCCUUGAGUACAGAGUGGGGAACCUCCAACUCAGCCAACUUGGAGACCUUUAUGUUCGAAGAAUGGCCAGCCGUGGGGCUGGCCUCCUGCUGACCUCAGUGCCUUUUUGUUUUCAAAGAGGGACCGGAGCAGGGGCAUUUGCUGGAGGCUCUGCUGCUGGCUUGCUCCUGCCAGGAAGUGGACCGCGGCAGUGUGGGAGACAAGGCCAGGAGAAUCUUCCCUCCAGGUAUGGGACGAGGGUCGCAGACCUCCUUCCCGUCUAAGGUCCUGGGCUCUGACUUCCAAGAAGUGAGGUCAAACUGCCUGGACAGGGCGGAUCAGAUUCCCAACUCUACAUGUGUACUGGCUCCUUGCUUAGGUCCAAACUUAAAACUAGCCAAACAAUUCAAGCCGGUAGCCAGGACUACAGAGACACUCCUGCACAGAGGAGAAGGACUCUGGACUUUCAAAGCGGGGCCAGUUUUCCAGUGCAGCCUCUGAGAGACCAUUUCUUCGUCAGCCUCUGAGAGACCAUUUCUCUGUCGUCCUCUGCCUUCCCAAGUCCCUGUUGGGUUGGUUUGAGCCCACACUUCUUUGUGUAGCCUCAGCAGUUCCCUCCCUCCCUGACCCUUGCUGAGUCCACAGGCCCCUGAUCACAGAAGGAAUGCAGACCCCUCAUCAUGCAAACUACUUAGUCUUCAGAGCUGCAAAAACAGGACGAGUUAAGCAGCUCAAAAGAGAUUUUUUACAUCAUAAAAACCCUAGUUAUCUGCUAUCUCCUGCUCAGCCUUAUCACGUCCCCCGCUUAAAAAAAUCUCUCUCCCUGCUGUGUAUCGACAGGGGUGGGUGCAGAGUCCUCUUUUCUUCAAGCUGCAUGUCUUUAACAUGAAUAGAAGGCAUGGAUCCUGUGCAACCGCUGUGAAUGCUGCUGAGAACCUCCCUCUGAUGGGGUGGCUAUUUUAUUUUUGAGAAGGAAAAGAAGUCAUGUACAUAUAUACAUAAAGGCAUAUAGCUAUAUAUAAAGAGAUAGUGGUGUUUAUGAAAUAAGGAAACUAUGGGAAAAUUCAGACUUUCUCUAAAGCACAGUUAGACCAGGACCCAGGCUGAGGCCCUACCUCCGAAACAGUAGUGUGUAGGGAGUGUCCCUUCCCUCCCAGGGUGGGCAUGACUGCUGGAGUGCCUUCUACUGUUGUGUUGCCCAGUGCGUAAAGUGUUUUCUUUUUAAAUGUCUUUCUUAUGUGGGUUUUAAAGAAAGUAAUAAAAGCUGGUUGCAAAAAUCA